AUGAAGCCUCCUCUCAAAAAUGCAUCAUCACUAAGGCUCCUCAAAAUGUAUCUAUCUUUUACAAUGUUGUUGCUCUUCAUUUCACCUUCAUUCUCAUCUCCAUCUACUCCCAAAAACAAUGACUAUAUCGUUUCUUCAACUGCACCCUUUCCAAAAAAAUUAACAGCCGAAAAUCUCAUAAGAGGACUUAAUCUUUUUCCAAAACAUUCCAUAAAUAUACCAAAGAAUGAUCCUCAUCAUUUUGUUCAUGGAAACAUUGUUGAGAAGAAGUUCACUUUCCCUGGUUUUGUUGACUCUGAUCCUUCUGUUGAAGAACUUGGUCAUCAUGCAGGGUAUUAUAGUCUUCCUCAUUCCAAAGCUGCAAGAAUGUUCUAUUUUUUCUUUGAAUCUCGAAACAGUAAGGAUGAUCCUGUUGUCAUAUGGUUAACUGGAGGUCCAGGAUGCAGCAGUGCACUUGCUUUGUUUUAUGAAAAUGGUCCUUUUCAAUUUUCAAAGGACAACAACUCGUCCCUUGUUUGGAAUCAAUAUGGAUGGGACGCGGCGUCAAAUAUUAUAUUUGUAGACCAACCCACAGGAACAGGUUUUAGCUAUACCACUGAUGAUAGUGAUGUUCGCCAUGACGAAAAUGGCGUUAGCAAUGAUUUGUACGACUUCUUGCAGGCAUUUUUCAAGGAGCACCCUCAAUUCACUAAGAAUGAUUUUUAUAUUACUGGAGAAUCAUAUGCUGGUCAUUACAUUCCAGCUUUUGCAUCCAGAGUUCACCAAGGAAACAAGGCAAAUGAAGGAAUUCAUAUAAAUCUAAAAGGAUUUGCUAUUGGGAAUGGAUUAACCAAUCCUGAAAUUCAAUUCAAUGCAUAUACAGAUUUUGCAUUAGACAAUGGACUAAUUAAUAAGUCUGAACAUGACUAUAUCAACAAGAUGCUCCCACAAUGUCAAAAGGCCAUAGAAGAUUGUGGCAUUAAAGGUGGUGGUGCGUGCGAGAAUGCAAGAAGUAUUUGCCUUGAAAUAUUCGAUAUGAUCUUGGCAUUUGCCGGCGACAUUAAUUACUACGACAUCAGAAAGAAAUCUGAAGAUCUCUUGUAUGACUUCUCCAAAAUGGACACAUUCUUGAACUUGAAGACAGUAAGGGAAGUUUUAGGUGUUGGGGACGUGGAAUUUGUUUCUUGCAGUGGCGCGGUAUAUGAGGCCAUGUUGGAGGAUUGGAUGAAAAAUCUAGAAGUUGGUAUUCCUGCUCUUCUUGAGGAUGGAAUCAAGGUGCUUGUGUAUGCUGGAGAAUAUGAUCUCAUAUGCAAUUGGCUUGGGAAUUCAAGGUGGGUUGAUGCCAUGAAGUGGUCAGGUCAAAAAGAAUUUUAUUCAUCUCCUGCAAUUUCUUAUUUGGUUGAUAGUGAAGAAGCAGGAAUUCUAAAAAGCCAUGGACCUCUAGCUUUCCUCAAGGUGAAAGAGGCUGGUCACAUGGUUCCUAUGGAUCAACCAAAAGCAGCACUUCAGAUUUUACAAGAUUGGAUGCAAGGGAAACUAGCAGUAAGGACAAAAUAA